UGCCCGCUGUCGCACUUCCAGUGGCACGGCGUGCGCGCCGAGGAUGGGAUGCGGGGAUGCUUCGUGCCCGCGCGCUGCUUCUCCCUCGACAGGUUCUGCAGGUAUUUCGGCAGCCUGGACAAGAGGCUGCUCCCGCUCUUCGCCGUCAUGAACGGCAACGACUACCUCGACCUGGCGGCGCUGGAGGUGUUCUUCAGCCAGGUGCGCCUGCCGCGGGGCUGCGCGGCGGGGAAGGGCGGGAGGCACCUCCGCCUCCAGGGGCUGCUGAACUGGCUGGCGCAGUUCGCCGAGCCCGGCGAGGCUAUGGACAACGUGCUGAAAUACCUUAAGAAACACCGGAGGGAAGAAAUCAGGGAGCUUCUGUGCACUGCCAUGGAGGAUUACGCUCCGUCCGACGUGAAUCUUGAGGACUUCUUUGAGAACGGAAAGUAUGAGUGCGAGGCUGCCAGGAAAGCAGACUUACCACAGUGGGUACUCGAUGCUUUGGCGAGAGGUAAGCUGGCCCCAUUCAUCAUCAACACCCUCGUACUAAGAAGUACCUUUCUCCGCGUCCAGGUGGAGAACAUGCAGAGACCUAGUGCUCACAGCACAGCUUUGCCCAUUCGACAAGUUAUCUAUGGACUGCUUCUGAAAGGAUCUCAGCAUACUGAAACUGCUUCUCCAAGUAAGCAGAGCAGUGAGCUGCCCAGCCCAGUGUAAUUUGACAGAUGCCAAAAGACACUUACAAAAACAUUGGUUCGAGCAGCAAGCCUACCCACAGGUUUUUGUGAUGAUCCUUUUCCUCUGGACAAGUUAAUGGAG